CAAGCGAGUCAGUGACGACUGUUCACAUAACCAGUCACCCUUCUCCCACAACAUCGAGCGCAGAUUUCAUCGGUGUCCGUAAAUUUCUUCAACAUAAAGCGAUGUAUUUCAUCAAAAAGUGAAACGACAAGAGUCCUGAAAGUUGUGUUUUUGUGUGGAAGUAGAGAUUAACCCGUGCCUCUUGGGCUGUGUGUGUGGCUGCUACUCCCCGUGCUGGACGGUGUCUGAGGGCCGGCGGUGACUAUAGUGUGGUGCCGGAGAAUGUGUCGAGGAUGGAGCCUGGUGCUGGCGCUGCUGCUGCUGGUGUCUGCUGCCUCCGCCGCUCAAGACAAGGAAGAUGAAGCGGCGAGACAACGGCAGGAGAAUCUCGCCAAGUUGGCCAGGAUUAUGGAAAUGGAAGGAGCGUACGACCCGAUGCGUUCCAGGAUAGCACCGUUGGACAUCCCGUCAACAGGGAAGAGAAGCGGGCGUAGCCUAGACCCUAUGAGGUCUCGCGUGGCGCCCCGGACGUACGGCCAACAGAACGGUCCCUACGUCAUCACCGCCACCCGCCUCAACGAGAUCCGGUCAGACCUCAUGUACCCGUACUUCGACACCGACCAGAGCGGCGGCACCGGCGACCUCGAGGUCAACAUUAACACCCAGAACACGCAGGUUAAUAAGCAGCUCACCUUCCUCCUCCCAUUCUUCGGCUUCGGUCUCAACUACACUUGGGUAUCCCUGAACGGCUACCUGGGCUUCUCUGACGCUCCCUUCAACUGGAAGCACUACCCGCUCAGCUUCCCUGUACCCCAGUGGCCGGACCAGCCCGACCCGUCCUUCAUUGGACCCUUCUACUCCAAAUGUAACAUUGGAGAGCUUCGUCCCGGAGAUGACAAGAGCAGGAGGCCCGGCGUGUAUUGGAGGCUGGAGCGCGACCUACCGUCCCGCGAGGACCAGUUCGGGGUGGAGCUCCGGGAGCGCGUCAAGUGGGACGUCCGAGAGGGCAUCGUCGGGGCCGCCAUCUUCAAGCCCAAACACGUCAUCAUCGUCACCUGGAAGAACGUCACCUUCUCCGGCGGCUCCGUCAACACUGACGCCAAAUAUAUCACCAACACAUUCCAGUUGGUGGUGACGACGGACGAGAUCAGGACCUACGCCUUCUUCAACUACGAGUUCAUGAAGUGGACUUCACACACCGAGGCCGGAGGCUCUACUGACGAGGGCCAGGGCGGCGUCCCGGCUUACGUUGGGUUCAACGCCGGCAACGGGACCCGCUCCUACGAGUACACGCCCUACAGCCAGAAGCUCUACAUCCGCGACCUGGCCGUGGCGGGCAACGCUAAUGGCUUCCCAGGACGACACGUAUUCAGGAUUGACGAGAAGAUCUUAGCCGGCUGCUGCAGGAGGGAGGAAGAGUUGAAGCACUACCCGCUGACGUUCUCGCCGGAGCAAGGCAACAUGCUCGGGGGGACGCUGGUAAACAUGACGGGGCCCUGCUUCAAGACCGGAUACCGCCUCAGCUGCCAGUUUGACACUACCACCGUCGAGGGUCACGUCAUCAAUGAUAACCUCGCCACCUGCAUCAUGCCUCAGCUCCUGGUCUCCGGUUACAUCGAUUUGUCCAUUUCCAUCAACGGUGGACCCUUCUAUUGGAGGGGCAAGUUCUUUGUUGAAACGCCACUGACGGCACCUGAGGGCGUUUGGUUCAAGGACGACAGCUACGAGCAACACUCCCCACUCUCCCUGGAGAUGAACUGGUUGGCGGGCAACCUGACCAUGAACAGGGACGCCCCCGUCAUGAUAUCCCUGUGGGGCUACCGGGAGAUCAGCAUCAAGCCGGAGCUCAUCUACAUCGACGUGCUGGUGGACGGGGCGCCCAACAUAGGCUCCUACACCCUCACACCGGCCGACUACGCUAACCGGAACAACUUGGACUUACUGGACCUGGAGAUGGGACUCAUCAUGAUCAACCUCACCACCCCCGAGCCCCAGUACGGCCUCAAGGAGUCCACGACUGUGUGGUCGCGUCCCAUCCCUCUGGCCUGGUACUUCCAUUUCCAGUGGGAGCAGCUGUACGGCACCAACUGGCAGCUGGCCAUGUGUGACAGGUGGAUCGAGAAUGACCGCAACCUCAGGAACUUUGCUUAUGAGGUGGAGCGGUGCCCGUGCCUCCUGAAGCAGGCCGUCGCCGAUAAAGGAAGGUUCCUGCCCGACUUCUCCUGCGACCGAAAUGGCAACACUGAGUGCGAGUACCACUUUGGAGCCAUCCACUGUGUCCGCACCGCCCUCCCCAAUAAGGACGGGGCCGGCCAGCAGUGCUGUUAUGACCGCGACGGCUACUUGAUGAUGACCGCUGACAAGAUGUGGGGCGGCAACCCCCACAGAGCCCACAACCUGGGCAAGACGCCCUACGACGAGGCAAACAAGGUGCCGAGUCUUUCUCACUGGUACCACGACGUGAUACCUUUCUACACGUGCUGCAAGUGGCAGGGAGAGCAGUCCCCUGGCUGCAUCACCUACAGGUUUGAACGUCGCUGCUCCCAGGACUGUGUCGGCUACCAACCACCCACUGCUGCAACGGUAUUUGGAGACCCUCACCUCUACACCUUCGAUGACCUGCCCUACACGUUCAACGGGAAGGGGGAGUUCGUGUUGGUGCGUGUCGACUCGGUGCGCCACGUCCUCGACGUUCAGGGACGCUUUGAGCAGAUUACCCAGAACUAUCUGGGCGAAGCCAAAGGCUCCACGCUAACUGCUGUAGCAGCCCGCGACAACGUGUCGUCGGUGGUGGAGGUGCGGCGGCGACCGUCUGAUGCCAUGUGGCGCUACCAUCUGGACGUGAUCGUCAAUGGACAGAGGGUCUACUUCGACAGGUACUCGCAGAAGAUUCAACAAUUUCGAGAGUGCGUGGUGUACACCCCCAGCAACAUACUCAACCAGAGCCACGUGAUCAUAAUGUUCUCCUCUGGGGCCGGGGUGGAGGUGGUGGAGAACCUGGGCUUCCUGGCCGCCAGAAUAUACCUCCCGCUCUCCUUCGCGAACAUCACUCGGGGACUCUUCGGGAACUGGACGUUUGAUCCUGACGAUGACUUCACACUCCCGGACGGGUCGCAGGGCCCCACGGCCGACAUCAACAACCUGGAGCUCAUUCACAAGGAGUUCGGCAUGAAAUGGGUGCUGGACGACAAGGAGGACCCAAAUGUAGGCAAGAGUCUCUUCUACCACGAGAGCUCUCGCUCCAGCAACUACUACUUCGACCCAGACUUCGUACCCGAAUGGAAAGCAGUCCCUGAUUUGUCACCUAACGCGACAACACCCAUGCAGGAGAUCAAGCAGGUGUGUGGCGACUCCUACCAGUGCUACUACGACUACGUCGUCUCUCUCAGGAGGGACUUCGCCGUCAUGACCAAGUACUACCAGGACCAGUUCGUCAAUAUCAAGGGCGAGGGACUUAUGUCAUUGAUCUCAUGCGGAGCGCUGCCAACGCCUCCCAAUGGCCGCAAGUCAACCUUCAACUUCUUGAGCGGCGCUGAGGUGAAGUUCGACUGUGACCCCGGGUACGUGUUGCUGGGGGAGCAGCGUCGCUGGUGUUACUCCUCUGGGGACUGGAACUGGCCAGAACAUGGCGAGGCUACUUGUGUCACCGAGUCGGAGUACCUGUUGAUGCAGGGCGGGAUCACGGCGGGGACGGUGUUGUCGGUGCUGCUGCCCAUCCUCAUCGCUAUGCUCUGCUACGCCUCCUACGUCCGCAACAAGGACAAGGAAAUCUACCCCGAGAGCGACUUCAUCCGCAAUGGCAGCCGCAGGAUCAACAGCUUCUUCAAGAGAGCCAGAACCGACAGUUCGCCGGAGCCUUCACGACCCGUGAAGCACUUAGGGGGCGGCGUGGCCAGCAGCGGCGGCACCUCCACGCCGGACACGCACCACAGUGAUGACACCCAGGUCUAGAGUCCUUUACGACCCCCUCCUACCCCACCAUGCGGGCUCAGGGCUCUUCCACAAUUAGUAACAUUAAUAUAUAAAUGAAGGCCAAGGUCUAAUGGAGCAUCACGAUGUUUAUUUUAUAGUUAACACUGUCGCAGAGCACUUGGCGACACAGAUGUGUCCAGCCUUCCCUGACGGCCGCAGUGUGUGGGACUGUAUCACAGAGACCAAUAUCAGCUGUGUCAUUAGGAUACGUGACUGUCACAGAGACCAACAACAGCUGUGUCACUAGGAUACGUGACUGUCACAGAGACCAACAUCAGCUGUGUCACUAGGAUACGUGACUGUGUCACAAACUAACUGCAGCUGCGAUCCCUGGUUCUCUCACACCAAGACACACAAUCCCAAGCUAUGUCGCCGAAGAAAGAAUGUCUCUUGACCCGAACACGUAAAUAAAAUCGUCCCUCGUUAAUCGUAAAGCAUUUGUUGAUGCCACAUUAUACACUAAAAAUCCCUUCCAGGUAAUUACUACGUGAUAAUGAAAAUAUUAUGAUAGUUGACGCAAUAAUUGUCAUAUCUUGCACAAAUUGAGAUAGAGAAGUUGUAGUCUAACCGUCCAGCUGGGAUGAUGUGUUGUAUGUUUAGCGUUACUUUUCAUGUUGUAGGAAUAAGUGGAUUUUGUGUCAAUAAUUUUAGAUUAGAUUACCAGUUCUUUAAAAGUAAGACACGUUAUAUAUAUAAUUUGAAUCCAUCGUUUGAGUGUUGUGUAUUAAAAAGCACAAGUGCAGCUGUCUCAAAUGUCUGCUCGCAGUCAUUUAGUUUUUUUUUGUUAAUUUGUUUUAUUUACGUUUUAAGCAUAUGGAAAUAUAAGCAGAAUUCAUUAUUUUAUUUUAUUUUCAUAUAAAUGAUUAAAAUGCAUGACAUUAACUUACGUAGAGACCCACAUAAGUUAAUGUCUUCUGUGAAGCCUAAUGUUAAUAGACUUCUCUGGGUAUUUCUGACCCUACUGAUAAUGUUAUGUAUACAGGAUGUUAAUUAUAUUCACUCCUCAUAUUACCCCAUCUUACUGUAUACCUUAGUCCCUGCUUUUAUAUAUAUCUUUAUAAUUAACUGUGCACCUUGUAACUUAACAUUCACUGUGCACCUUGUAACUUAACAUUCACUGUGCACCAUGUAACUUGACAUUCACUGUGCACCAUGUAACUUAACAUUCACUGUGCACCUUGUAACUUAACAUUCACUGUGCACCGUGUAACUUAACAUUCACUGUGCACCAUGUAACUUAACAUUCACUGUGCACCUUGUAACUUAACAUUCACUGUGCACCGUGUAACUUAACAUUCACUGUGCACCUUGUAACUUAACAUUCACUGUGCACCUUUUAACUUAACAUUCACUGUGCACCAUGUAACUUAACAUUCACUGUGCACCAUGUAACUUAACAUUCACUGUGCACCAUGUAACUUAACAUUCACUGUGCACCACGUAACUUAACAUUCACUGUGCACCUUUUAACUUAACAUUCACUGUGCACCUUUUAACUUAACAUUCACUGUGCACCUUUUAACUUAACAUUCACUGUGCACCAUGUAACUUAACAUUCACUGUGCACCAUGUAACUUAACAUUCACUGUGCACCACGUAACUUAACAUUCACUGUGCACCUUUUAACUUAACAUUCACUGUGCACCUUUUAACUUAACAUUCACUGUGCACCUUUUAACUUAACAUUCACUGUGCACCAUGUAACUUAACAUUCACUGUGCACCAUGUAACUUAACAUUCACUGUGCACCAUGUAACUUAACAUUCACUGUGCACCUUGUAACUUAACAUUCACUGUGCACCUUUUAACUUAACAUUCACUGUGCACCUUUUAACUUAACAUUCACUGUGCACCUUUUAACUUAACAUUCACUGUGCACCAUGUAACUUGACAUUCACUGUGCACCAUGUAACUUAACAUUCACUGUGCACCUUGUAACUUAACAUUCACUGUGCACCGUGUAACUUAACAUUCACUGUGCACCAUGUAACUUAACAUUCACUGUGCACCUUGUAACUUAACAUUCACUGUGCACCGUGUAACUUAACAUUCACUGUGCACCUUGUAACUUAACAUUCACUGUGCACCUUUUAACUUAACAUUCACUGUGCACCAUGUAACUUAACAUUCACUGUGCACCAUGUAACUUAACAUUCACUGUGCACCAUGUAACUUAACAUUCACUGUGCACCACGUAACUUAACAUUCACUGUGCACCUUUUAACUUAACAUUCACUGUGCACCUUUUAACUUAACAUUCACUGUGCACCUUUUAACUUAACAUUCACUGUGCACCAUGUAACUUAACAUUCACUGUGCACCAUGUAACUUAACAUUCACUGUGCACCACGUAACUUAACAUUCACUGUGCACCUUUUAACUUAACAUUCACUGUGCACCUUUUAACUUAACAUUCACUGUGCACCUUUUAACUUAACAUUCACUGUGCACCAUGUAACUUAACAUUCACUGUGCACCAUGUAACUUAACAUUCACUGUGCACCAUGUAACUUAACAUUCACUGUGCACCUUGUAACUUAACAUUCACUGUGCACCUUUUAACUUAACAUUCACUGUGCACCUUUUAACUUAACAUUCACUGUGCACCUUUUAACUUAACAUUCACUGUGCACCAUGUAACUUAACAUUCACUGUGCACCAUGUAACUUAACAUUCACUGUGCACCUUUUAACUUAACAUUCACUGUGCACCAUGUAACUUAACAUUCACUGUGCACCUUGUAACUUAACAUUCACUGUGCACCUUUUAACUUAACAUUCACUGUGCACCUUUUAACUUAACAUUCACUGUGCACCUUUUAACUUAACAUUCACUGUGCACCAUGUAACUUAACAUUCACUGUGCACCACGUAACUUAACAUUCACUGUGCACCUUUUAACUUAACAUUCACUGUGCACCUUGUAACUUAACAUUCACUGUGCACCAUGUAACUUAACAUUCACUGUGCACCUUGUAACUUAACAUUCACUGUUCACCUUGUAACUUAACAUUCACUGUGCACGGUGUAACUUAACAUUCACUGUGCACCGUGUAACUUAACAUUCACUGUGCACCAUGUAACUUAACAUUCACUGUGCACCUUGUAACUUGACAUUCACUGUGCACCAUGUAACUUAACAUUCACUGUGCACCUUGUAACUUGACAUUUACUGUGCACCAUGUAACUUAACAUUCACUGUGCACCUUGUAACUCAACAUUCACUGUGCACCAUGUAACUUAACAUUCACUGUGCACCAUGUAACUUAACAUUCAGUGUGCACCUUGUAACUUAACAUUCAGUGUGCACCGUGUAACUUAACAUUCACUGUGCACCGUGUAACUUAACAUUCAGUGUGCACCUUGUAACUUAACAUUCAGUGUGCACCUUGUAACUCAACAUUCACUGUGCACCGUGUAACUUAACAUUCAGUGUGCACCUUGUAACUUAACAUUCACUGUGCACCGUGUAACUUAACAUUCAGUGUGCACCUUGUAACUCAACAUUCACUGUGCACCGUGUAACUUAACAUUCAGUGUGCACCUUGUAACUCAACAUUCACUGUGCACCGUGUAACUUAACAUUCAGUGUGCACCUUGUAACUCAACAUUCACUGUGCACCUUGUAACUUAACAUUCAGUGUGCACCUUGUAACUUAACAUUCACUGUGCACCGUGUAACUUAACAUUCAGUGUGCACCUUGUAACUCAACAUUCACUGUGCACCUUGUAACUUAACAUUCACUGUGCACCUUGUAACUUAACAUUCAGUGUGCACCUUGUAACUCAACAUUCACUGUGCACCUUGUAACUCAACAUUCACUGUGCACCUUGUAACUUAACAUUCAGUGUGCACCUUGUAACUUAACAUUCACUGUGCACCAUGUAACUUAACAUUCAGUGUGCACCUUGUAACUCAACAUUCACUGUGCACCUUGUAACUUAACAUUCAGUGUGCACUGUGUACCAGUUAUAUGACUUGUCAGAAACGCUGUGCGUGUCAGUGAUUGCGAGAGUGCACUAAUUCCUCACCAAAAUCUGUACUGCCCCGACCAUUGUACCUUCUUCUGUGUAUAUAAAUAUAAUAUAAUGUCUGGAUAGGGAACUGAGGCUCCCACUACACUAGGUCGUCAGCUCCCUGUACUGUGGGUCUCCUCCACACUCCAGGUUUAAACCAUUUACAUUUACUUCAAACAUGAAUAAAACUGAAUUUGAAAAUUUCUUAAUAUGGCCUGAAACCAGACUUCUGAGACACCCUGUAUAAGAAUAAACUGCUGAGAAACUAUGUGCAAGAACAGACCUUUUUAGACCUGUUUAAGAACAGACUUCUGGGCCACCCUGUAUAAGGAUAUGCUUCUGGACCACUCUGUAUAACAACUGACUGCUGAGACACCAUAUACAAGAACAGACUUUUGGGCCACCCUGUGUAACCUUUCUUGAGGCUACACGCUGAAAUUGUAGGAGACAAAACCUGUUGCCAAUAAAUAAUUAAACUUAAUUAGCUAACGGUGUGAUACGUUACUUGAAGUACUACUGAACUAUGCUAUCAGUUAGUUUUUUAUUCUAUCAAAUGCAGCAAAAUAUUGCAGUACUUUGAUUUACCUUUACCUGAGGAUCACCAUCUAGAGUUGCCUCGACGGGGGUAAGAAUUAACGGGAGGACUGUCAAAGGUUCCCGCGUUAUGAAGUAUAUCAAUGUAUUCCAUUUACUUGGGCUCUAGGAGACUCGAACCCUGGACCCCACGUGUGUGAGGCCGAAGCUCUAUCGACCGAGCUAUUGAGUAGUCUUAAUAAGGAAAGUUUCCAGAAGCUUUCGAGUCUCCUAGAGCCCAGGUGAAUGGUAUGUUUAUUUCAACGGAAGUGUGCAUGACAAUUUAUAUCAACGUACGAUGGUCAAACUGCACAUCAGAAGAUGAAGAAGCGACGACGUUUCGGUCCGGCCGGGACCAUUAUCAUCGUCGUUUCUUCAUAUGAUGUGUAGUUUAGUUAUCAUAUCAUCAAACUCAUCGUCUGUAUAUCAAAGUACUGCAGAGCUACUCUGUCUUGCCUCAUGCCAUUCAUCUCUGCUAUCAACAAGCUGUGGUGGUAGAGCGGUCUUGUGGCCAGCAGCUAACGCUCUGAUUUUGUCUUCUAUUUUUUCUGCCAGUUUUGAAUGUGCGUUUAGUUUUUGUCGUGGUUAAUUGAAGAACAGAUUUUACGUAUUCAGGAUUGAUGGUUUCAACUCCUUUUAUCAUCAAUCAAUUCAAUUUCACGACAAAAGUCUUAAAAAUCUAUUAGCUGUAAGCCCACUUCUCUUAUUUUCCUUUACAACUAUUAUAUUUCGGUAUAAGUUGCUGAUGAGCUCAACCUUGACUGUUUUGUGUAAGAAUUCUUCCCCUCUGACUAAUGUAUUUGUAUUUAAACUUUUUAUAAUGCUAUUUAAAUAUAAACAGAAAUUAUAGAAGAUCAAUUCUGAGUGAAUAGUUUCAUAGUUUAUGUUAGACCUGCAGUAUAAAACACAAUUAGAUUUAUUAGACCUCCAGCAGGUGUAGUCCUUGAAUGGGACUUCAUGGGUCACGGUCUCUACCCUUCCAAUUGUGAAAUAAUUUCGUCCAACGAACAAAUAAUUUACAUCACCUUUACUGGAAGCCUCGUUCAUUAUGCCCACUACCAACACACUUCUUGCAUCGCCAGUGCUGCAAUCCUCGAGGGCAACUCAAUGACCUGAAGAGGACGGAGAAAAAAAGAAUAGGGGAUUUGGAAACCCAUCAUGUACCUUCUCAUAAUGUGCCUAUCCUUCCCAUGCACCCACUAUACAUAUAUACAUAGUGUGUGUGUAAUGAUAAUUGAGAGGUCAUGAACUGGUAUAACAGGAUGGAACCAGCAAGCUUUCCGGUCUGUUUAGUUAUUUGCCUGUUGGUAGUGGCCCCUGGCAACUGUCACCUAGUGGCCCCUGGCAACUGUCACCUAGUGGCCCCUGGCAACUGUCACCUAGUGGCCCCUGGCAACUGUCACCUAGUGGCCCCUGGCAACUGUCACCUAGUGGCCCCUGGCAACUGUCACCUAGUGGCCCCUGGCAACUGUCACCUAGUGGCCCCUGGCAACUGUCACCUAGUGGCCCCUGGCAACUGUCACCUAGUGGCCCUGGCAACUGUCACCUAGUGGCCCCUGGCAACUGUCACCUAGUGGCCCUGGCAACUGUCACCUAGUGGCCCCUGGCAACUGUCACCUAGUGCCCCCUGGCAACUGUCACAUAGUGGCCCCUGGCAACUGUCACCUAGUGGCCCCUGGCAACUGUCACCUAGUGGCCCCUGGCAACUGUCACCUAGUGGCCCCUGGCAACUGUCACCUUGUGGCCCUGGCAACUGUCACCUAGUGGCCCCUGGCAACUGUCACCUAGUGGCCCCUGGCAACUGUCACCUAGUGGCCCCUGGCAACUGUCACCUAGUGGCCCCUGGCAACUGUCACCUAGUGGCCCCUGGCAACUGUCACCUAGUGGCCCCUGGCAACUGUCACCUAGUGGCCCCUGGCAACUGUCACCUAGUGGCCCCUGGCAACUGUCACCUAGUGGCCCCUGGCAACUGUCACCUAGUGGCCCCUGGCAACUGUCACCUAGUGGCCCCUGGCAACUGUCACCUAGUGGCCCCUGGCAACUGUCACCUAGUGGCCCCUGGCAACUGUCACCUAGUGGCCCCUGGCAACUGUCACCUAGUGGCCCCUGGCAACUGUCACCUAGUGGCCCUGGCAACUGUCACCUAGUGGCCCCUGGCAACUGUCACCAAGUGGCCCCUGGCAACUGUCACCUAGUAGCCCCUGGCAACUGUCACCUAGUGGCCCCUGGCAACUGUCACCUAGUGGCCCCUGGCAACUGUCACCUAGUGGCCCCUGGCAACUGUCACCUAGUGGCCCCUGGCAACUGUCACCAAGUGGCCCCUGGCAACUGUCACCUAGUAGCCCCUGGCAACUGUCACCUAGUGGCCCCUGGCAACUGUCACCUAGUGGCCCCUGGCAACUGUCACCUAGUGGCCCCUGGCAACUGUCACCUAGUGGCCCCUGGCAACUGUCACCUAGUGGCCCUGGCAACUGUCACCUAGUGGCCCCUGGCAACUGUCACCUAGUGGCCCCUGGCAACUGUCACAUAGUGGCCCUGGCAACUGUCACCUAGUGGCUCCUGGCAACUGUCACCUAGUGGCCCUGACAACUGUCACCUAGUGGCCCUGGCAACUGUCACCUAGUGGCCCUGACAACUGUCACCUAGUGGCCCUGGCAACUGUCACCUAGUGGCCCUGGCAACUGUCACCUAGUGGCCCUGGCAACUGUCACCUAGUGGCCCUGGCAACUGUCACCUAGUGGCCGCUGGCAACCGUCACCUAGUGGCCCCUGGCAACUGUCACCUAGUGGCCCUGGCAACUGUCACCUAGUGGCCCUGGCAACUGUAACCUAGUGGCCCUGGCAACUGUCACCUAGUGGCCCUGGCAACUGUCACCUAGUGGCCCCUGGCAACUGACACCUAGUGGCCCUGGCAACUGUCACCUAGUGGCCCUGGCAACUGUCACCUAGUGGCCCCUGGCAACUAUCACCUAGUGGCCCUGGCAACUCACCUAGUGGCCCUGACAACUGUCACCUAGUGGCCCCUGGCAACUGUCACCUAGUGUCCCCUGGCAACUGUCACCUAGUGGCCCUGGCAACUGUCACCUAGUGGCCCUGACAACUGUCACCUAGUGGCCCCUGGCAACUGUCACCUAGUGGCCCCUGACAACUGUCACCUAGUGGCCCUGGCAACUGUCACCUUAUGGCCCUGGCAACUGUCACCUAGUGGCCCUGGCAACUGUCACCUAGUGGCCCUGGCAACUGUCACCAAGUGGCCCUGACAACUGUCACCUAGUGGCCCUGGCAACUGUCACCUAGUGGCCCUGGCAACUGUCACCUAGUGGCCCUGGCAACUGUCACCUAGUGGCCCUGGCAACUCACCUAGUGGCCCUGGCAACUGUCACCUAGUGGCCCCUGACAACUGUCACCUAGUGGCCUCUGGCAACUGUCACCUAGUGGCCCUGGCAACUGUCACCUUAUGGCCCUGGCAACUGUCACCUAGUGGCCCUGGCAACUGUCACCUAGUGGCCUCUGGCAACUGUCACCUAGUGGCCCUGGCAACUGUCACCUUAUGGCCCUGGCAACUGUCACCUAGUGGGCCUGGCAACUGUCACCUAGUGGCCUCUGGCAACUGUCACCUUAUGGCCCUGGCAACUGUCACCUAGUGGCCCCUGGCAACUGUCACCUAGUGCCCCCUGGCAACUGUCACCUAGUGGCCCCUGGCAACUGUCACCUAGUGGCCCUGGCAACUGUCACCUAGUGGCCUCUGGCAACUGUCACCUAGUGGCCCUGGCAACUGUCACCUAGUGGCCCCUGGCAACUGUCACCUAGUGGCCCUGGCAACUGUCACCUAGUGGCCCUGGCAACUGUCACCUAGUGGCCCCUGGCAACUGUCACCUAGUGGCCCUGGCAACUGUCACCUAGUGGCCUCUGGCAACUGUCACCUAGUGGUCCUGGCAACUGUCACCUAGUGGCCUCUGGCAACUGUCACCUAGUGGCCCUGGCAACUGUCACCUAGUGGCCUCUGGCAACUGUCACCUAGUGGCCCUGGCAACUGUCACCUAGUGGCCCUGGCAACUGUCACCUAAAAUGCACUCUUCUUCACAAACGAGUUUUGUUUAAUUAGGUACUUGUUUCGUCAGUUAGUCUAGCAAUAUAGAAAUAAGUAAUGUAUUUUUGUGAACUUCAUAUUCCAUUUAUAUGUACAUUUCAUAAUAAAACAAAAUAACAG